AUGUCCGGAUUCCCCGCGCAACAGCAAGCUCAGGCUCGAAAUGCGACAUUAGCUUCUGCGCGACUGCCAAACGGAAAGCUCGGUACGGCUAAUUACCUCCUUGUCGACUGGGACAGUGGCGCCGCUAACUGGAACUUCAACCUUCCUGUGGGCGGAACAUCCGGUCUACAGGGGAAUCAGCAGCGCAGCAUGGGAGCCAUGGGCAGCUUUGCGCAAAGCCUUGGCGGGUCUCAAUCUGCAGCACCGCUGGAUCUUUCGGAAUUCCCAUCUCUAUCUGGCGCGUCGCAACAAUCACAAUCGCAGACGCCUGGGCAGCUCAUGUGGGCCAACGCCAGUCAACGAGCUACGCAGCACACACCUGUCCAGAGACAACAACAUCCUCCGACAUCGCAACCCCCUUCUCGAGCUUCUCAGACCCCAUCGCUCCCGGGCCAACAGCCGUCUCAAGCACACGAUGAUAUGUUCCCUUCAGGCGCCCAGUUCGCAAAUCGACUGGACGAUUUCCGGAAUGGCGGCCAAGGUAUUAGUAGCCAACUGGGUGCCGGUAGCCAGCCUCAGACAGGAAACAUCGACGAGUUUCCUCCUCUGGGCCGGAAUGUCGCCGCUGACCUUGCCCAAGACCGUCGAGGCUCCAUGAUGCAGAACACGGGAUUCGGUAGCUACAACUCUGGCAUGGCAUUCUCCGGUGUGAACCAGACCCAGUCCACGCAGAAUCGCAACCUAAUUGCCGCGUCGAUCAACGGACAAGAACCAUCACGGAUCAUGUCACCUACUGCGGCGAGCUCCGGUGGUCUAGGAACGCCGCGGUCGCCUGUUAACCAAGGACCGAAUGGGAUUUUGGGACAAGAGAAAGAAGUAAUUCCCUCGGCGAUCACAUCACACGCCCUGCAUUCGCUGACCGCACCACAGGAGCUGAGCAGUAACAACUUGAUGACCGGUCAACGCAACUUCAGCGACCCGCCGCAAUUGCAGCAAAGGCAACAGAGCGAUGGACAAGAGGUGCCUGGGGCUACCCAAAGUGCUGAGCAGCCGCCUCUUGCGCAAAUGAGUGAGAUUGACAGGUUUGGGCUGGCCGGACUGUUGCGCAUGAUUCAUAGCGAAAGUCCGGAUGUGGCGAGUCUUGCUGUUGGACAGGAUUUGAUGACAUUAGGAUUGGACUUGAAUCAGCCCGAGCCUCUGCACACGUCGUUCGCUUCCCCAUUCGUUUCGUCCAUGUCCGCGGUGCCUUUGGAACAAGAUUUCUCCCUGCCGGCUUGCUACAACGUCGCCAACAUCCAACCCUUGCAGUCUCGCAUCCCUGGAUUCAGUGACGAGACGCUCUUCUACAUCUUCUAUAGCAUGCCCCGAGACAUCAUGCAAGAGCUGGUUGCAGAGGAGUUGAUGGGCCGGAAAUGGCGGUAUCACAAGCUCGAGCGGUGUUGGUUGACUCGCGAUGAGACAUACCCUGGCCCAGUCGAUGUGGAACGAGGUGUGAGCGAACGCGGAGUGUAUCUGCUUUGGGACCCUACCAGCUGGAAGAAGAUCCGACGCGAGUUCAUUCUGCGAUAUGAGGAUUUGGACAACCGACUAGACCCGAACCGAGGCCUGAGUCGCGCAGUUGGUCUCACGCAUCAUGCCUCAUGA